GAGUCAGGGCGGGGAAGAGGCGCUGUGAGGCGGGGAGGAAACGCUCUGUCAGCCGGGGAGGGACCCAGGGACCAGCCGAGACCCCAGAGAGAGACAGAGAGAGGCUCACAGCCGAGCUUCCUCCUCCGCCGGUCGCCCGCUCUGCACGUACAGCACUCAGGAGGAUACCCGGGGAGUCGACACGGGGCUGGAGGUAGACCUGGAGAGCCGGGAGAGGGGGACGAGGGACCGGGCUUUCUGCUGCGGUGAGCCCGGACAUCAACGCCAUGGAGCUGGAGAACAUCGUGGCGAACACCGUGCUGCUCAAAGCCCGCGAAGGAGGUGGAGGGAACAGAAAAGGAAAGAGUAAGAAGUGGAAGCAGAUGCUGCAGUUCCCUCACAUCAGUCAGUGUGUAGAGCUCCGACAGUCCAUCGAGAAGGAUUAUAGCAGCCUGUGUGAGAAACAGCCAAUCGGGCGCCUCCUCUUCAGACAGUUCUGUGAGACUCGCCCGGAGCUCAAGAGAUGUGUCAAGUUCCUCGAUGCCGUGCUAGAUUAUGAAGUGACUCCAGACGAGAAGAGGAAAGAAUGUGGAGAGGAGCUCAUUCAGAAAUUCCUCAACCCAAAGUCUGAAGAGUAUGUCUCAGAGCUGGAGGGGUCCAUGAUGGUCCAGUGCUCAGAGCGACUUCAGGAAAACGCCUCCAAAGAACUGUUCAAAGACUGCACCAAACUGAUCCACGACUUCCUGGCCAUGGCCCCAUUCGCAGACUACCUCGACAGCAUGUUCUUCAACCGCUUCCUGCAGUGGAAGUGGCUUGAGAGACAACCAGUGACAAAGAAUACAUUCCGACAGUACAGAGUUUUGGGUAAAGGAGGCUUCGGUGAGGUGUGCGCUUGUCAGGUGCGGGCCACAGGUAAAAUGUACGCCUGUAAAAAACUGGAGAAGAAGAGGAUAAAGAAAAGAAAAGGAGAAGCUAUGGCUCUGAACGAGAAGCAAAUCCUAGAGAAAGUCAACAGUCGCUUUGUGGUGAGCCUGGCGUAUGCUUAUGAGACCAAAGAGGCUUUGUGCCUGGUGCUGACGCUGAUGAACGGAGGAGACCUAAAGUUCCACAUUUACCACAUGGGAGAGGCGGGUUUCAGCGAGGACAGAGCUGUGUUUUAUGCUGCUGAGAUCUGCUGUGGUCUGCAGGACCUGCACCAGGAGCGCAUCGUCUACAGGGAUUUAAAACCAGAGAAUAUUCUGCUGGACGAUCAUGGACACAUCCGUAUCUCAGACCUGGGCCUGGCUGUACAUAUUCCUGAAGGAGAGACAAUAAAGGGCCGUGUGGGGACAGUGGGAUACAUGUCUCCAGAGGUGGUCGACAAUGAGCGGUACACGUUCAGUCCUGACUGGUGGGCUCUAGGCUGUCUGCUCUUUGAAAUGAUCGAGGGACAGUCACCGUUUCAGCAGAGAAAGAAGAAGAUAAAGCGAGAAGAGGUGGAGCGUCUGGUGAAGGAGGUGGAGGAGGAGUACUCGGACAAGUUCUCAGAGGAUGCCAAGAACAUCUGCAAGCAGCUCUUGGCCAAAGACCCCUCAAAACGCCUUGGCUGUCUUGGAGGCGGGGCCUCAGAGGUCAAAGGUCACCCCAUUUUUAAACCUAUAAACUUCAAACGGCUUGAGGCCGGGAUGCUGGAGGCUCCAUUUGUACCAGAUCCUCAGGCCAUUUACUGUAAGGACGUCCUGGACAUAGAACAGUUUUCCACAGUCAAAGGAGUCGAGAUCGAAGAAAAAGAUGAAUCUUUCUACAAUAAAGUGUCUACAGGAUGUGUGUCCAUCCCUUGGCAAAACGAGAUGAUUGAGACCGAGUGCUUUGUGGAGUUAAACGUCUUUGAACAAGACGGAGCGGUACCUCCAGAUUUAGACUGGAGAGGUCAGCCCGCAUCUCCUCCCAAACAGGGGCUGCUGCAGAGGCUCUUCGGGCGUGCGGACUGCUGUGGUAAUUGCAGCGACAGUGACGAUGAACCCACUCGCCUGUGAUGCCCAUUCUACGUUUGUUUACAAUUUUUGCACAUUUGUAUUUUUAACAUAGUGGUCGAAUGUAUAUUUCCGCACAGCCAUAUUGUUUUUAUUGUUAUUUAAAAUGGCCGCCGGUGAUAGACUGAGUUUGUGCAGACUUUUCUUCAGGGAACGCUUUGCUUAAAAUCUUUUUCAACUUUCUGCUUUUUUUGGACAACCACUUUGUUAAAGAAGUGCCUUUGCUCAACGGCACUGUGACUAUAGAGGAUUCAACCACUUUCUUCAGGGAAUUUAACCUUCAAACCGGACACUUCACCACAUUCAUUCAUCGAAGCUAUGUGUUGUACUUUUCUGUUUUGUCAUUGGUUCAUUUCAAUCAUGUCACCAAAUGCACUUUCUGAAUAUAUACUGAAAUAACUUAUUGCUGGACUUUGACAUUUCAGAUUUGUAAAAAUGCUCUUGAAUUAAUGCCACAAGCACUGAAAUGGUACGUAUUGUUGUAAAUAUUGUUAAAAAAAAUAUUGUUUAAAAGUUACGAAAAUAAAUUUGAAUUGAGAAUAAUAUGACCUAAUCUGGUUUAAAUAAAAUGAUCACAAACAAUUAAUUUUAAACAACAAAUAAUUGUAUCUGGAUCAAGUGCAACUUGAAAUAAUCGUAUAUUAACUUUUUAUGUUGCGUUUUGAAGCAGGAUUGGGUUUAAAUUAUACUUGAAUUUAAAGGGCCUAUGUUACACGAUCAAGGCUAUGAUGUUGUCUCCUCAUCAAAAACACACUUGAAGGCAAGGCAAGUUUAUUUGUAUAGCACAAUUCGUACACAAGAUAAUUCAAAGUGCUUUACAGAAUAAGAAAGACAUUAAAAUCACACAAAUCAAAACAUAAAUAAUCACCCAAUCUGCAACUCUCUCACCCACUCGUUUGCACCCUUUAAAAACUCUCUCUCGCACUCUUUAAGCACUGUCUUGCUCAGUUUAAGAACUUUCCCAUUAUUUUACAAAACUUUCCUGUCACUUCUCAAAUACUUUCCUGUCACUUUACUAUGUCUAAUAAAAGUCCGUCAGUCCAUGUUUCUUUUGUCAUCAUAAAAUUACCAUUAAAGGAGAAGAGUGCAGAAUAAAUACCUUUCAGUUGUAUGCACAGCUAAACAGAACCGUUUUGAGCCUGGAUUUAAAUAUUGUCAAAGUGGAGGCCUGUCUCACAUCUUCAGGAAGACUGUUCCAGGUUUUAGCUGCAUAAAACUGAAACUCUGAUUCCCCAUGUUUAGUCCUGACUCUGGGCACCAGCAGGAGGCCGGUCCCUGAAGUCCUCAAAUUGCGAGAUGGUUCAUAUGGCACUAACAUGUCGUAGAUAUACUUUAUACUUGAAGUUGUGUUUUGUUUCAUUUUGACAUGUUUAACACACAAAUCCUGCAUAUUUAUGCAGAGUUCUUCUCUCAAACAGAAAACACUGUUUCACCUUGUGAUGUUAUGUGGUAAUGCAGGAAGUGCUCAACUUUGUUUUUAAACUCGAGCCCAGCUGGUAUUUCCAAUCUCUACUAAGCAAAAGGUAAAAGGUCACUCUUAACUUGAAAAUGGCUGCUUCAUGACAUCACAAGGUGGAACAGAGCAUUUUGAGAUUUAGAAAUGUAGACAGACUAAUAAUAAGGUUUGUAAUUGUGUCCAGGUAUUUUUUGAGGAGGUAACAACAUUCUGGCGUGGCUUGAACCUCACAAGAGUCCAUUUUGUGUAAUAUAAGACCUUUAAAAGUGCACUAUGUAACUUUUCUGGUGAAGGGCAAGCCACCUGCUCAUCUCCAUAGAGAUAUUGUUUAGCUUGGAAUGUUCCACACUAUGGCACUCAACAUUAUAUGUCUUGCAUUUAUUCAAAUUGAAACAAAAUAGAUUUUUGCUGUAAGCAAAAUUGGCAUUUGUGCCCAUGUCUGAUUGAUUGUGAGCAGGCGUCACUUUUCCACAGACGUGACUUGUAACUCGACUUAGAGGCUUCAGCUGCUUGUCUCCAUGGAGAUCAAUAAGUGUAAAGUCAUCCCAGCCAAAGGAGACAAACAUAUGGCUGACCCCUCCACCCAAAAAGUUACACAGUGAAGCUUUAAGUAUGUACAGUUACUCAGCACAUUCCACCAUCUGAAAGCAGCCCAAAGAAAAUGUUGUUAUUGUAAAAGCUUUUGAAGGUACAACACCAAUGCACUGUGAAAACUUAACCAUUUUUGUACUUGUUUUAUUUUAAUUCCUCAAUGUUGCACUUGUGUAGUUAUAACGUGCACAUUUGAACUUUGUGUAAAACUAUCACUCAUGCAGUAAAUGGACAACCACUCACUGUAGAUCUCAAAACAACCAGAUGAUGUCAAAACCUGGAAAAGCCAUAUUUAAGUUUUGUACAAGUAAAUAUGUAGGUCACAAAUGUCAACUGUUUUUAAAAUAAACAACUGUGUGUGAAUUGAAAA